UGCCAGCCAUGGACAGCCGACAUCGCUGUUCUUUGUGACGCUGUGUUCGGAUCGGAAAUAUUCCGCUGGAGAACUGUAUGACAUUAGUGUUUUUCAAGAUGGGAUUAUACAGAAGCGAUCAGAGGGGAAUUGCUUGUUUUGUCAGAAUACAAAAGUCAGCGUGAGACGGCUUCUAACGGGGCCAGCAGAGCCAGACACGACGACAUGGCAAAAAUCGGCAGUGAAAUCUCACUUUCAACCAGGCAGUGGUUGCCCACCAACAAGCCUGGUGAUGAGCUCGCUGUCAUUGAAAAUAGGGACAGCAGGGCUCAGUCUCUUUGUGAAGACAACUCAGAGAGAGCGCAGCCUUCAGAGUCCCACAGAGACUCCGUUACAGGUGCUGGGGCAAUGGCUAGGCUCUCUUACUUCUUCUUCAUGCUGUGGAACUGGGUGUCUCACAGAGUGCACCCCGAAACAGAGAUGCAUGACUCUUUCCUGGAGCGCUUCAGAGGCCCUGAGCUCAAAGACAUCUCCAGUCGAGAGAGCACUGCCCAGUCCGUGGGCCACAACGACACAACCCGGAAGAGAAACAAAAAAGAGGACAAAAAGGAGGAGAUUAAAAAAGAUGAGAAAAAAGACGAGGAGAAAAAAGACGAGAAGAAAGAUGGGGACAAGAAGGAAGAAGAGAAGAAGGAUGAGAAAAAAGAAGAGAAGAAGGAUGAGAAAAAAGACAAGAAAGAUGAUAAGAAAGACGAUAAAAAGAAAGAGGCGCCACCGAAAGAAAUCUGGAUUAUGGAUCCAGCCGCAGACCAGUACUACAGAUGGCUGACCGUCAUCGCAGGCCCAGUAUUUUAUAACCUGUUAAUGAUUGUAACAAGAGCCUGUUUUAACGAACUGCAAGACACAUAUACAAAACUCUGGAUAUUCUUGGACUACACCUCAGACUUCAUCUACUACACAGAUACUUUUGUCAGAUCAAGAACAGGUUACCUGGAACAAGGCCUGCUGGUAAAAGAUUCCAAGAAACUGAGAGAUAAAUAUAGAACAACAUCUCAGUUCAAAUACGACAUGAUAUCAAUGAUACCCACUGAUCUGCUGUUUCUGAAAUUCGGAUUCAACAACCCUGAGUUCAGAUUCAACCGCCUUUGCAAAAUAUCGAGGCUUUUUGAGUUCUUCGAGCGGACUGAAACCAGAACUAGCUUCCCAAACUUGUUUCGUAUCAGCAACCUUGUACUUUAUAUCCUUGUCAUUAUCCACUGGAAUGCUUGUUUGUUCUUUGCCAUUUCAAAAACCAUUGGUUUUGGAUCUGACACAUGGGUAUAUCCCAACAUCAGCCACCCGGAAUACGGCCGCAUGGCCAGAAAGUACAUCUACUCCCUGUAUUGGUCCACACUGACCCUCACCACCAUCGGAGAGACCCCUCCACCAGUCAGGGAUGUUGAAUUCCUCUUUGUAAUCGCUGACUUCCUUACUGGUGUGUUGAUCUUUGCUAGUAUCGUCGGUAACGUUGGUGCCAUGAUCUCCAACAUGAAUGCCUCUCGUGCUGAGUUCCAGGCAAAGAUCGACUCCAUAAAGCAGUACAUGCAGUUCCGAAAGGUCACCAAAGACCUGGAGGCCAGGGUCAUCAAGUGGUUUGACUACCUGUGGACUGAGAAGAAGACCUGUGAUGAGAAGGAAGUUUUAAAGAACCUCCCAGACAAGCUCAAGGCUGAGAUUGCCAUCAAUGUCCAUUUGGAUACGCUGAAAAAAGUACGUAUCUUCCAGGAUUGCGAAGCUGGUCUUCUGAUUGAAUUGGUGCUCAAGCUGCAGCCACAAGUGUUCAGUCCUGGAGAUUACAUCUGUAAGAAGGGAGAUAUUGGCAGGGAGAUGUACAUCAUCAAGGAGGGGAAGCUAGCUGUGGUGGCAGAUGAUGGAGUCACUCAGUUUGUAGUGCUCAGCGAUGGCGCAUACUUUGGGGAAAUCAGUAUCUUGGGAAUCAAGGGCAGUAAAGCAGGCAACAGAAGAACAGCCAACAUCAGAAGCGUAGGAUACUCUGAUCUCUUUGCCUUGUCCAAAGACGACUUGAUGGAGGCUCUCACGGAGUAUCCAGAUGCCAAAAAAGCUCUGGAGGAGAAGGGGAAAGCCAUGUUGAUGAAAGACAACAUGAUAGAUGAGGCAGUGGCCAACGCUGGCGCCGACCCCAAAGACCUGGAGGAGAAGAUCGAAAAACUGCAAGUAAACCUGGAAGUCAUGAAGACCAAGUUCGCCCAACUGAUGGCGGAGUUCACCUCCAACCAGACGAGGAUGAAGCAGAGGGUCACUGAGAUGGAGAACAAAGUGAAAUCCAUACAACCACAGGACCUGUCAGAAGUGGCGGCCGACAAAGAUAAAAAAGUCCAGUAAUGUGAGAGAUAUCUGAGGACUUUACAGGAAAUGAAGGGAUUUUUCAUUUAGAAUAGUAGAGUGACACUUUUUAAAGGACCAUGUUUAUAUUAAUUUAUACAUCUGUUUAUCAUCACAAUGUGUCAAAUUGUGUACAGUGUAUGCAGCAACUAUUUUUGUGUGCAUGCUACAAUUGACAAUGUCAUGGUGUCACGAAACACCUCGAGUAUCUUGAUCAGAAGCACUUGUGUAUGCAAACAAAGGCUUUUCAUAGCCAAAGGAUUUUUUUUUCCUGAUCAGUAUUAACAUUUUCCCCAGAAAACAUAUUGAUCUAUGUGUUAAGUACAAAUUACAAUUCCUACUCAAUAACAAAACUGCAACAACCAUUUGAUACUGUAUGUGAAUGUACAAAACAAACCCAAAUGCUCUUCUGUUUAAAAGUUAUCAGCAUACACUAUCAGUUGUA